AUGGUCCAAGAGAUCGAGAUGGCUGGAAGCCAGCGAGUCUCACAUUACGCAACAGUCUCAAAUGAGGACUUCGGACGCGAAGAAGAGCGGUACUCGACCAUACAUACACAGCAAUACAUGGACGAGCCCGCCGCCGACGCUGUUCGAGUAGAGGUUGCAGACAGCCCGGGCUUGCCUCCCUCUUAUCAUCUGUUGGAUCCGAACCGUGACACCACCAAGAAAAUCCCCAGCAAACCCACGCUCGAAUCCCUGACAGAGACGGACGACUCGAGCAGCUAUGAUCAUCGCCACGAUGGCGACGGCCGACGCCAUCUACCACCCAAGACGCUCACGCCUUUGACAAACGGGCAAACUUCAUUGCUGUUUCUUGAGCUCCUCGUCGUUCUUGGGCUGUUCAUCCUCAGCCUCAAGGGAUUUUGGAUGCUGCCGCAUCUGGACCUGUUCUCCGUGCCGUCCAUGUCCCAGGACUGCGGGGGAUACAGCGUCCCCGCCGUGGAACGGAGCUUCUACAUCAAUCUGCAGAUCGUCAAGGAUCUGUCCUUUACACGGGCGAAGCUGCUCGACCUGGCGUGGGACACGAUCCUCGGGCAGGGCGGGCGGUUCCUGCAUGGGUGGGUGCUCUACCAAGUCGCGGCAUCACAGCUGACCUGGAUGAUGGAGUACUCGUCGGUCCCGUACCACUUCCAGCUCAACAUCCUGUUCUCAACGGCAUCCCUGCCGGCGCUGUGGUCCACGCUGCGCUUCCUCGGCAGGAAGCGGCCCGCCCGCGCCGUCUUCUCCGCGGUGUGGUUCCUCCUCGCCAUCGUGUACGUCCUCGCCUUCACGUCCGUCUGGGGCGCCGCCACGGGCUACCUGAACCCGAGCAAGCCCGCGUAUCUAAUGGGUGAUCAUUCGUACGUCACGGCCGACUCGGACAGCCUCAACCUGUGCAUGUCUGUGGACACGGAGAGGCUCAAUGGGACGGUGCCGCCUCUGGUGCAAGGGCCGCAGUUCAGCAAUUGUUUCGACUCAUUCUCUGAUAUUGUGAGCAACUGGGCCACCUGUGACAUCAGGCAAGGCUCAGACGAUUGGACCAACAUUAUCGCCUAUUUCAACGACUGGGAAUACAGCUACCAGAAGCCUUCUAUUCAGGGCGCUAUGAUCUUUACCGACCAGAGCUCCGGGCAGUAUUACCACACUACCGACCAGUCAUCAAAAGUCCAGGGACUAUAUCGGCAGUUGAAAGGCUUCCAAUUUGCCAGCGCGGGCCAAGAGAAUGAAGUUAGCGAAGACGAGCCAUGGUUCAACACCACCUUUCAGCUGGACCCGUCGGUCAACGUGAGCGGCUGGGAGAGGUACUCGUCGGAGCCAAUACCCUACAACUCGACGCUCUGGUGGAAUGGUUCGGCGAUCGCGCUCGACGCUCCGUUCAUCGACGUCUACGCGCGCGAGGCCGACUGCGAUUGGUUCCCGGUCCGGGGUAUGUGCCUCUGCUACCGGGACGCCCUGCUCACGUCUGACUUCCGCCGGGACGACAACCUCGUCUGCAUCAGCGAGGAGGGUUACGUUUGGGGUUUCUCCAGUGUGAUCACGCUUGUUGGCAUCAUCCUCGAGUUGUGCUGGGUUGUGGGGUGCCUCGGGAUGUGGCUCGACGUUCACAUCAACAGCAACAACUUCCGGAUGAACCGCCGGGGGUCUGGAUUGGUUAGGAACAUCCUCGAUGCCGCCGGCGCAAUACAGAAUGACCUGGGCCGUGACACGGGAGCCUACAGAGACGGGACGCUUAUGAAGGAGCUGGAGAAACUGCCACCUGUUGGCUACGAGGUUGAUGAUAGCGGCCAGCACAGUAGGAUUUCUAUAGUUUCGAUGCCGGGAGUGCGGAGAAGAGGUGAUCGACUCAAACCUGGGAAACUGUACGCAUGA